AUGAUGGAUGUCGAUAUAACAGAAUUAGAGAUUGAAUUCCAAAAAGUUCUUAUUCAAUUAGCUAAUGAACCAUUCAAUAAAGAAUUACUUCAUAAACUUCAACUGAUACAAAAGCAAAUGUUGGUACCAUCACCAGCUACUACAAAUCAAUCAGGUUUGGAUACAUCAUAUUCAACAGCAAGCAUUUAUGAAGCAUCAUUAUCAUCAUCAUCAUCAAAUCUUACUAAUGUUUGUGUACCACGAACAUUAAAUAUUGACAACAACGAGAACAUGGCAGCAAAUACUGAAACACCCAGGACGAACAAUCCGACAGUGGAUCCCAUCGGAUCCUAUCCAGAUCCUAUAGGAUUUUAUUGGAUCCGGGUCACGAUCCGACUAACGGAUCCAUAG